CACAGCAUGCGCGUCCGUGUCUCCUGGUCGGCCAUUUUGACUGGAGAAAUAAUGUCAAAAUCUUUUUCUGCUCACAGUUUAAAGCUCUGAAGGGGCCAGUGCUGAAGCAGGGCUGCAGAAGGAGGGAGGAUAUCGGGGGAUCUAUGGAUGCAGGACGAUGCAUCGCCAAUCAAACAUCACAUUUCCCCUCUGACAGCCUACAGAACGGCUCUGCUCACAGACUGCUGUUUGUCUGACAUCUCCAAGUGUUACUGGUGCCUGUGUUGUAAUGUGAGGCAGCCUUGCGGAUGGAUGGGUUAUAUGACCACUGACCACUGAGUCUAGUAAACCAAUGUGUGUAAACUGGUCUCUGCAUCCCAACUAAGGACACACACCAUCUGACUGAAGACUCUCUCUCUUUCGUCUGUAAGCUGCAGUUAUGUUCUGGAAGUUCGACCUGCACAACUCCUCUCAGAUUGAGAAGCUCUUGGAGAAGGAGGACGUGACCCUACAGGAGCUGCUGGAUGAAGAAGAUGUGCUGCAGGAGUGCAAGGCCCAGAAUCAGCGCCUCCUCCUCUUCCUCACCCGGGACAGCAGCAUGCUGGAGCUCCUCAACCUCAUCACGCACGAGCCCCCUGCUGACCGGGAGGAGAAACUGCGCUACAAGCAUGCUAAUGUAGCAUGUGAGUUGUUGACAUGCGACGUGUCCCUCAUCAACGAUAAAGUUGGUGGAGAUGAGUCUCUGAUGAACACACUCUAUAGUUUCCUAGUGCAGAAGUCGGCGCUGAAUCCUCUACUGGCUUCCUUCUUUAGUAAGGCCUUCGGCAACCUCAUCACCCGCAAGACAGAGCAGGUGAUUGGUUUCCUAAAGAACAAGGAGGAUUUCAUAGGGCAGGUGUUGAAACACUUGGACACGUCGGCCAUGAUGGAUCUGGUGCUGCGUCUCAUUAGCAGCGUGGAGCCAGUCUCUCUCAGACAGGAAGUGCUUACUUGGCUGAAUGAACAGAGGCUGAUCCAGAGACUCAUUGAGCUGAUACACCCUCACAGCGACAGUGAGACGCAGUCAAACGCAUCUCAGACGCUGUGUGACAUCAUCCGUCUGAGCAGAGAUCAGGCCAGUCUGCUGCAGGAGACAUCAGAGACCGACCCUCUGCUCACAACACUAGAGCUACAGCAGAAUGUUGAGGCCCUAUUGAAGAACAUGUUUGAAGGAGAAAAGAGUGACGUGUGCAUUGUCAAUGGAACUCAAGCUUUACUCGCACUGUUGGAAACUCGUAGACCAGGUGUUGAGCAGGUGACUGACCCGUGUUCUCAGGGAUUGGAAAAGUCUUACACUGUAAACAACAGCAUUUUAAUGGGCAUCCAGCCACAUCUAAAGCACUUCCACCACCUUCUGUUAAACCCACCCAAGAAAUGUGUGAUGUUGACCACGAUGGGUGUUCUGGAGGAGCCGUUUGGCAACGCACGACUGCAUGCAUCCAAACUGAUGGCUGCUCUUCUGUACACCAGAGCUCCCAGAAUCCACCUCGAGCUCUGCCAGCUGAACAUGAUCAACCUGCUGCUGGAUUUGUUUUUCAAAUUCUCCUGGAAUAACUUCCUACACAUCCAAGUAGAGCAUUGUGUCUCUGCCAUCCUUAACCAGACGACACCGAACGGGAAAACAAACGACAGUCCAGAUCAGAUUCAGCUGGAAACACAAGACACACAAAACUCAGACAAAUCUGACAUGUACCCACACUGUGACAUGAUAAAGCAUCUGCUGAAGGACUGCAGGCUGGUUCAGAGGAUUUUGGAUGCUUGGGAGGAAAAUGACAAAACACAGGAAGCUGGAGGCAUGAGAAAAGGCUAUAUGGGUCAUCUGACCAGGAUUGCCAACACAGUGGUGCAGAAUGCAGAGAGAGAACAGGAACAGACCCAAAUUGCACAGCUAAUAAAAGAGCUACCAGAGGACUAUAAAGCACGCUGGGAGCAGUUUGUGAAUGAAACGCUAACAGAAACUAACAAGAAGAACACAGCAGACCUGGUGUUCUCAGAUUAUCAGAUCCAGCAGAUGACGGCAAACUUCGUUGAUCAGUUUGGACUGAAUGACGAUGAAUUCGGAGACCAUGACGGCAGCAUCGGCGCCACGUUCGAUCGAAUCACAGAGAUCAAAUUUAACCUGGUGGAUGAGGGGGCGAGCUCUGCCAUUUUUGAGACUCGCACGAAGGAGCGAAUCAGGCCAUUUGAUGAUGCUGAGGAGGAGGAAGAUAUUUGGGAGGAUAAAGAAAUCAACUAUGCAACACAAGUGAAAGCCAGAAGCAGGUUUGGACUGGUGACAAAUGCUCAGAAGAGCGAGGCGGAUGGUGGCUCUCGCAGACGUCUGGGGUCACCUGACAUGGAGUGGUUUCCAGAGACCAAACAAACUCAAGAAAAUACCAAGAACCAGGAAAUGGACAAGCAGUCCAGCGAUCCGCAAAGUCCUGGAUGGAUAGCGAGUUUUGAGGACGACUUCAGCUGUCGGGAUUUUGCGAGUAUCGCGAUGGAUACAGGCUCCAGCGUGUGGGGGAGCUCUACAGCCCAGCUCAGUGAGACGGAGGAGAAGGGAUGGGCGACUUUCACAGACUUUCAGCCCUUCUGCUGUUCAGAUGUAGGACCCAGAUGCAGUUCACCUGUGGACUCAGAAAAUCCAAACAAACCGAGCCAAAAUGAAGAGAUUAAAGGCUCGUCAGCGUGUGUGUGGAGUGUGUGUGGGACGAGGAAGGCUCCGCUGGUGGCGUCCGACAGCAGCUCCAGUGGGUCAGACAGUGAGGAAGAGGAGGACCGAACCAACAUCAUCACAGAGAGCGUCGCCACAGCCAAUGCCAAGGACAAUGUUAAACUCAGUGUAGAUGCAAAAAAUGAGAAGGCAGUCUUCAUCAGUGACACUAAUGCCAGAGCAACAGAUGUCAUAGCAACAGGAAGCAUCACUGGUACUCAGUCGCCCAAGGAGCAGAAGGGCAACUCCAGUAGUAACGGCCCGAUGUAACAGCAUUUCACCCACCGCUCGCCUCCAUCCUCCAUCAAAUGUUAAAGGCUGUGGCUUCCUGUUUUCAAACACGUUUCCUCUCCCUCUGGCAUUUGCCGUUUCCAUUGGUCUGCCGUAUAGUUACGUGGGUCUUUUUGGUUUGAGCAUAAGCGGUACUCUAGUUGAUCUCUGUCUUCCCUAAUGAAGACAUCUUCACUGUUGGGAACACUGACCUUUGAACCAUGUGAGAGCAACCCCACUACAGUCUGUGUGUGUGUGUUUGUUGAGUGUUGUGGAACUAGAAUAUAAUGCACAUCCACGGGUGAAUUCUCACGUAUGCGUAAAUAUGCUUGGUACAUCUACAAGUGUGAUUUAUAGUGUUAUUUUUACGUUUCUGAACCAGUAUUUUCCACUUAGAACAGGCAAGAGAUCAAGUCUGUGUGUAUGAGUGUGUGUGUGUAUGAGUGUGUGUGCUCUGUCUUGAUCGAUCUCUCUGUUUGCUGUAGCCCUUGGGCCCGGUACUGAUUUGAUUUCAGUACUGAUUUGUUUGCACUUUUGUUUCCACAGCACUUAUGUUUCCAGCUCCGCCCGUCAUCCACACAAACAAAAAUAAUUGGGAGCAGGUCUCAAUAUUUCUGUUUUGUUGCAAGCUGUUUUUCUAUAAAAGUAUGGAAGCUUGUUUCCACCACAGAAUAAAAAAAUUAUGUUGAGAUGAAAAAUUGCAAGCUAUAAACUCCGAAUUGCGCCGUUCUGAGGGGAAGAAAUCAAAAUUAUUAUUUUUUUAAUUCUGUGGAAGAAACGAGCUUCAAUAUAAAAGGGAUAGUUCACCUAAAAGUAAAAAUAUACUCAUCAUGUUGUUCCAAACAUGAAUGACUUUCUUCUAAAGAACACAAAAGAAGAUAAUUUAAUAGAAUGUUCAUGCAGCUCUUUUUCAAAGAAUGUAAGCGGAUGGUAAUUUAUACUGUCAAGUUUCAACAAAGACAAAAAUGCAACCAUUAUGACAAAAAAAUGGACUAAAAUAUUGUGGAACAGUGUCUGAAAAAAUUCCCUCCAUCAUGGUAUUUAAAUCUCAUUUGCAUUUAUUUAGGCUUGCUGCAUCUUGAUUGGUCAAAACAAUUUGCUUAACCUUGCGCAUUGUUUUAUAGCUGAUUUGUUCAUUUUCAGCAAAUGACCAUUUCAAUUUCGUUGUUUUCCUCCCACAUCAGAAUUCAGCGCACAAGUCGUAUAUAGACCAACGUCUCUUUUUAUGCUCCAUAAAGUAAAAAGGCAUGUUGAGCGUGAGUAAAUGAUGACAGUUUACAUUUUUGAGUGAACUAUCCCUUGUAACAUGUUUAUGUAAGGCCGUUUGAUUCUUCUUGUGUCUGUGGUUGGUAUCCGAACGAACUCAGGUGAACGUCGUGUGUCAGAGCGAGUCUGUGUGCAAAAGAAGAAGAACCGAGGGCGCGUGUGCCUUGAAAUAUCAGAGAAUGACACAUCAGUGUUAAACACGUGCACAUAUAUCUUUAAUCACAUCUUCCUAUAUCACUGUCAGGUCUUAGUAAGAAUUGUCAAUGUGUAUUCUUUACGAUAUGUACACUUAAUAUUAUAUUUUUAUGACUUAAUUACUAGCAAAACACUAGAACACUGCAGUGUCCAUCUGAAUCUAGAGAGAUAGCAAUAAUAGUAUUUCUUAGGUUGGUUUUCUUUUCUAUUAGUAAUGUAGCUUUGAAAUGUGCACACAGGCACACAAACUGUUGGUGAGAGCGAGUGUGUGUGAAUGUUUGAAGAGGCCCGGUGUGUUUUUAGUUUGUUUUUGCACUUUUGAAAACUUGAUUUUGAUACCAAAUGCAAUGGGGAUGUUAGUGGUGGUACGAUAACGAGAGCCCUCGGUCGGUGUUUGGUCUAUGUGCAUUUUUGAGUUUACAAGUCGUUUGUUGUGUAGGUUAAAAUUGCAGAUGUUUUUGCGAGUGUGUUAGUACAAUGAGACUAAAGAGCGAGACCAGAAAGGAAAUGUCAGUCGAUCAGUACAAGGCUCUGUGCUUGAAUGUAAUUCAUAUUUAUUUAAAUUUUUUUGCCAAAUAUUUUCUUUAAUAUUCCGUCUUUCUCCCAUUAAGGAUAACAGGGUUCUAUUCUCUCCUCACUGAGACUGAAUUCUUUCUCACUUCUCAUCAUUACUUCAUUCAUAUUUGUGGUUCAAUUUAAUUCAGCACUUCAAUACUGCCACUUAGUUGCGGAAUAGCAGUGAGGUCUUUGCUAGAAAUAAAAGGUAAGACACUAACCCCCCUUUAUCUCGUCUUCCGCGUACAUACAGGUCUGUAAUAACCACUUUUUGUGUGUAAUCUGGUCCAGGCAUUUCCCCCCCGAUGUCUAGAUGUUUAGUUGACCUGUCAGACACCGUAGACGGGUUUAACUAGUUUUGCUGCUGUUAAUGAUUUGUCGUUUGCAUUAGCAGAACAUGAACGAGAAGGGAACUGAGUUUUUAUAAGAGAGUCACAAUUUGUGAUUGUAAUUCUCACAUUCUUUGUUAUUUUCAUAUCCCCUAUAGCUGAAUAAAUAGAUGCAUCACAACUUGCAGUGUGAAAUCCAUGUUUCUGUUGUUGGGUUAUUUUCUUUUCAGCUCUUGUAUGUAUUCAUGUACCCAAAAACACAAACGCAUACUGUACGUUAUGAACUGGUACAAUAUUUUGUGUUAUGUUCGGCCUUGAGCAUCUGUCCAUGGUGUGAAACUGGAGCACAGGUCUGUUGUCAUUUAGUCAAAUGCCUUUUUAAUGUAUACUGAUGCUGGUGGUUUCUUUUUACUUUCUUUUUUUGGUAAAAUGCAAUACUGUACCUGUUAUCUGUUGUCAGAGUUGGGCUUUAAAAUCAGAUAUCAAACAAAUAAAUAUUUCAAACGGG